AUGAAAGGUCCUCAAAGAAUAUCGACAAGUCUCUUGCUUUUGCUUGCCCUGGAAUCAGUUCAUGGGUUCGUUCCAGCCGCACACAAGACGAUUGCUCGUCCCAUUGUUACGUCAACAACCUCCAAGCAACGGCAACCACAAUUCCCAUCAAGAAGUUUGGAUGAAUCCCCUACAUCACUCCUAAUGGUCCCAGCGGCUUCCACCGCCACUGUAGCUGCCAUUACAGGGGCUAUGACUGGAGGGUUAUUCGCCGGCGCAUUGCAUGCUGUCGCGGGACCUGAUCACUUGGCAGCCUUGUUGCCACGGUGUUGCGGUCAGAGAUGGUACCGUGCUGGCCGAGUGGGUGCACUCUGGGGAAUGGGCCACGGUGUUUCCGCCACCUUGAUUGGAGUCCUGGCAUUUGGACUCAAAAAUCAACUCAAGAAUAAUAUGAGUUCCGGCUUGUCCAAGGUCCUCUCUGGCAUGUCUCAUGUCACGGAAGUAGCCGUGGGUCUGUCUCUCAUUUUGAUUGGUAUCAUGGGUAUUCGAGAAGCCCGCGAAUGGGAAGACGAGAUUGAUGGCGUCCAACCACAGAGUUUGUCCGCCGCAGCGGCCGAUGCCGGUGUCAAGACGGCCCAAAAACGAGCCGUCAUUUUCAAUGGUUUGUUGCACGGAUUUUCCUGGGAUGGAGCACCUUCGUUGGCUCCGGCCAUUGCCGUGGCCACUUGGAGUGGCAAUUUGACAUUUUUGUCGGCGUAUGCGGUAGGUACCAUGGGCGCCAUGGCCAUUGUGACGACGUUGAUUGGCGAAGGAACACGACGUGCCGGACAAGUGUUCCAACGACCGGAUAUCCCACAAAAGUUGAGUUUGUUUUCCUCCAUGUUGGCAAUUGCCAUUGGAGGAAUCUGGUGUGGACUGGCCUUUUUGUAA